AUGCCGAUAUUUGGGGUGAAGGAAGCAUGCACCCCCGAGUGCUUGUGGGCGGAGAGGAAGCCGUUUGUCUUUCUAACGGUGCAGGUGACCUCUCCGGAAAACCUUAAGGUGGAUUUAAAAGAAGAAAGUUUGGACUUUGAAUGCACUAAAGGCGAGAAACUUUAUGCUUUCCAUCUCGACUUCCCUGAACCUAUCAAUGUUGAGGAGAGCAAGUACAGCACGCAGCGUAAUGUGCAAUUCAAGCUAGUAAAGAAGGAGGCGAAGCGAUGGCACCGUGUAUCGACUGCAGACAAGAAGAAGCUGUACUGGCUGAAGUGCGACUGGAACAAAUGGGUGGAUUCUGAUGAAGAGGAAAACAGCAACAUGGACAUGGGAGACUUCGAUAUGGAUUCCAUGGGCUUCGGAGGCAUGGGAGGAAUGGGAGGAAUGGGAGGAAUGGGAGGUUUAGAUCUUAGCUCUUUGGGAGGCGCAGGCGGUCUAGGAGAGAUGGGCGAUUUGGGUGACUCAGAUGAUGAUGAUGAUUUGAAGGAUUUGGAUGCGCCUAUGCCCGAAGAAGAAGCUGAAACUGCAGCGGCAGCAACAGAAGAGGGGGAUAAGAGAGGAGAGGAAACUGAAGUCAAGCCGCCAGCUACAGCGGAAUCAUGA